GCCACUGGGACUCCGAUCCCCGCAGCCGCCGACCUGAAGUCGCCUCCAGCCGCAGCGCCGACACAGAGCCCUCAGGUCACCAUGGGCGCAGACGAGCGCCCAGCGGGCCGGGGAGGCGCGCAGGACCCCGGCGCGGGCUGCGGGGCCCGAGUGCUGGGCGCGCUGUGCUUGCUGCUGUCGGUGGGCUCGGCCGCUGCCUGCCUGCUGCUGGGCGCCCAGGCAGCCGCACUACACGACCGAGUGGCGGCGCUGGAGCAGGAGCGCGAGAUGUUGCGACGUGCGGGGCCGUCUGGAGCCAUGACCGCCUGGGCCGAAACGCACCUGGAGCGCCUGCUGCGGGAGAAGUUGGAUGGAGUCGCCAAGCUGCGGACAGUUCGGGAAGCCCCUUCGGAGUGCAUCUGCCCCCCAGGUCCCCCUGGACGGCGUGGCAAGCCUGGACGAAGAGGCGACCCCGGUCCUCCCGGGCAAUCAGGACGAGAUGGCUACCCGGGACCUCUGGGUCUGGACGGCAAGCCAGGACUUCCGGGCCCCAAAGGGGAAAAGGGUGCACCAGGAGACUUCGGCCCGCGGGGAGCCCAAGGGCAAGAUGGAGCUGCAGGACCACCUGGGCCCCCUGGACCACCUGGGGCCCGGGGUCCUCCUGGUGACACUGGGAAAGAUGGCCCCAGAGGAGCUCAAGGCCCAGCGGGUCCCAAAGGAGAGCCUGGACAAGACGGCGAGAUGGGCCCCACGGGACCUCCAGGACCAAAGGGGGAUGAUGGGAUGCCCAGCCAGCCAGGACUCCCUGGACCCCCAGGGCCCAAGGGUGAGCCAGGGAAUGUGGGGCCCCAAGGAGAGAAUGGAGUGGACGGUGCCCCAGGACUGAAGGGGGAGCCGGGCCACCCAGGCACAGACGGAACCACAGGACCCCGGGGUCACCCAGGCCUCAAGGGAGAGCAAGGUGACACGGUGGUGAUUGACUACGACGGCAGAAUCUUAGAUGCCCUGAAGGGUCCUCCUGGGCCACAAGGAGCUCCGGGGCCACCAGGGAUCCCUGGACCCAAGGGUGAACUUGGAUUACCUGGUGCCCCAGGAAUUGAUGGAGAGAAGGGUCCCAAAGGACCCAAAGGAGACCCAGGAGAGCCAGGGCCAGCUGGGCCCAAAGGCGAAACAGGCGAGAUGGGCCUGUCAGGCCUUCCGGGUGCUGAUGGUCCCAAGGGAGAGAAAGGAGAGUCAGGAUCUGACCACCUGCAGGAGAGCCUGGCCCAGAUCAUAGUUGAGCCGGGGCCUCCCGGUCCUCCUGGCCCCCCUGGCCCUAUGGGCCUUCAGGGGAUUCAAGGUCCCAAGGGCCUGGACGGAGCCAAGGGAGAGAAAGGUGCAUUGGGUGAGAGAGGCCCUCACGGCCUGCCUGGACCAGUUGGCCCACCAGGCCUUAUUGGGUUGCCAGGAACCAAAGGAGAGAAGGGCAGACCCGGAGAGCCAGGACUUGAUGGUUUCCCUGGACCCAGGGGAGAAAAGGGUGACCGGAGUGAACGUGGAGAGAAGGGAGAACGAGGGGUUCCUGGCCGGAAAGGAGUCAAGGGCCAGAAGGGAGAGCCAGGCCCACCAGGCCUUGACCAGCCAUGCCCCGUGGGCUCUGACGGGCUGCCCGUGCCUGGCUGCUGGCAUAAGUGAUCCUCAGACAUGGCUCCCAACCUGUACAGAUCUGUUUGGAUGUUUUUAACUUGUGUAAAAACAAAACAGUAAUAUAUUGAUCUUCUUUAUGGGAUGUGCCAACGGUGGCCUUUAAACAUUUGAGAGUGUGCCAACCAGCCCUAGGACAACCUCCACAGGAAGUCGGCAGGAAAGAAGACAGGCCGCUCUGGAGAGACUUGUGCGUGAGGGCCCCCGGCAGGGCCUGGCUUUCCUAGAGAAGAUAACGAAGGUGAAAACGCCUGGCUCAGGUGAGGCUGGACAGACUCCAGGUUGGGCCUGCAAUCACCUGAUUAGCAGAGACACACAACAACUCUCCCCUGACGCCCCACUGCCCCGUCGUCUCGCUGCCCAACAAGACCCCCUUGGACGACUGUUGUACCUUCUUGCCUCUGGACCCUGCCUCAGGCAGCUGCACUGAGACCCUGUGUUCAACAGGGCAGGCGACGAUUCCUAGAAUCCAGCACUUGGAGAGAAGGUGAUGGAAAGAACCCAGAAGGCCUUGCUGUACCCAAGCUCAGUAGGCUUCCAAAGGCCACUGUGAGAGGAGUUUGUAUCCUCGGGCCUUGGGAAGUGGCAGGGCUCUAUGAAUGCCUCUGUGUGGCAGCUCAGUGACCCCUGAUUGUAGGGUAGGGAGACCCAGAUGCACUAGUUGCUACUUCCGGUCUCCUCUCCUCACCCAAAGCAGGAACAGAAGAACUUUGUCAGCUCUGAGGAGACAGGCCUCUUGUUCAGAACUUGGGUCUCACUGGCCCCAAGUCUCCCACCUAGAACUCUGGUCAGCCUGGCAGAAACUGGCCUCCUAGUAGGUGGUACAGACACCAUGAACCCAAAGGCUGGUCCUUGCUAGCCUGAACAAAACACCUAUGACAGAAACCCCUGUCCUCCCAGAAGGGGCUUCAACACUGCUAACAAAGGUUCCCAGCUACCCACUCCAUCCACCGUCUCCCAUCCUUCUCUGUGCCAAGGUGUAAUAAACCACACGUGUGUGUCUGGUCUGUCCUUGCAGCUGAGUUCACCCUGCUGGUUCCUGCUGAAGAGGAAAAGGGCUCUCCCUAGGGGGAGAGCCAUCCAGAAUUGAGAAUAUAGUUAAGGGUUAGGAGAUAGGAGGGUAUAGGCUCGAGACCGGGACCCCUACAUGUCAGCAGAAUCCUGGGACCAGUCAUAUAACAUCACUAAGUUCCUGUGUCCUCUUCUGCUGUGCUUCCUAAGAAAGAACACUCCAAACUUGUUGCCUCAAAAUAUUCAACCUCUCAGUUCCAAGGAUUCAAGAGAACGAGCUGGGUGGGUCUCUCUUGGACUCUUCCUCAUCCGGUGACUGGUACCUGUCAGCUAGGAUCCCAAUGGCCCUGACACCUACCUACCUACGACCUGUUUGGAUGGCCUGAGCUUCCUCACAGCAUGGCAACAGGAUUCCUGGAAAGCUGUGUCACCUUGUAUGACAAAGCCUCCGAAGUCAUAUGCUGUCACUUCCUUCCAGAGACAGAGGUUCAUCCCAAUGGAAGGGGGGAAAGACAGACCCAUCUCUCAAUGAGCAAAGUGUCGAUGUCAUAUUUAAAUGAGAAAAUUUGGAAGAGUGGAUCUUGUUGUAGCCCUUCAGAAAUAAAAUAAACCCAGCUUUUGUGUAGCCCAGGCUAGCCUUGAAAUCACUAUAUAGCUGAGGAUGACCUUAAAUUUCUGACCCUCCAGUCUCUACUUCCAAGUGCUGGGAUUACAAUUAGUGCAUUCAUUUUUUACAGUGCUGGGAACUGACCCUAAGGCUUUCCACAUGCUAGGCAAGCACUUGACCAACUAAGCUACAUUCUUAGCCUUUGUUGUAUAGCAUCUUAAGAAAUGCCUCCUGGGGCUGGAGAGAUGGCUCAGCGGUUAAGAGCAUUGCCUGCCAAAAAAAGAAAAAAGAGCAUUGCCUGCUCUUCCAAAGGUCCUGAGUUCAAUUCCCAGCAACCACAUAGUGACUCACAACCAUCUCUAAUGAGGUCUGGUGCCCUCUUCUGGCCUGCAGGCAUACACACAGACAGAAUAUUGUAUACAUAAUAAAUAUUUUUUUAAAAAGAAAACAUCAUUUUUUUAAAAAAAGAAAUGCCUCCUGCCACUCCUCUGUAGCAUGAGACAAUAAUACUUAAAAUUCAGAUGUGGUCCAGUAUGAUUCAGCUUCGUAGAAUACACAGAGAGCUUAGGACAUUCAGACACCCCAAAGUCCCUGUGGCUGGUUGUCCUCCCUGUAUCUGCCCCAGGGUCAAGUAGUAAUCACAGCAUUGUCUAGGGGACCCAUGUCGUACCUCUGCAUAUCUUUAGAACAACCUGGGGAGAUGCCCAGCAAAUGUGCCCAUGUCACAAAUGACAAACCCACACUCUUUCUCUGUGUGUACAGAAAAGCAGGAGGCUGCAAUAACAAUGUCUCUGGCCUCCUUCCUCUAAGGACUGAAGUCUGUGGAGGACGGUACUCACCAGACCAUACGUAGACGCAUUGCUGAGCAGUAGGGGCCCAGCCACACAGGUUUUGUCAAGUCCCUACCUCUGUCCCCCUGAGGAGCUGACGAUAAGUAGACAGACCAUGCUCUCUGCCAGUCGACUGGGUCAACUGGGAAACCAGAAAUAAGAAAAGGAAGAUGGAUGGAAUGGGCCGAAAGGACUAAUGUGACUCACUGGUGUCAAUGUCUGCUCUGGAGACGCAGCAUAUCCUCCCCAGCCUGCCAUACUGGGUGCAUUCCUCUUUCUGCUGAAGAACUUGUCCCCUCAUCCGUCCUGCAAAGAGGGGGACUGCAGUGGUAGGUGUCACUAUGUCCAUUUUACAGAUGGGAAACCUGAGGCUCUGGGUAGAUAGUCAGCUGCUCGAGAAUGCACAACCAGGCUGGAGUGACAGGCUUGGAAUUAGACCCAUGCUCUUAGAAGUCACCUCCUUUGUCUGCAGAAUUGUGUGGCAGUGUAUGGAAUCUUCUGGGAGGUCCCUUGUCAAUGGGUGGACAGCAAGUAGAGCUUGGUGGGGGUCGAAAGCCAGUGGUCUCCCUGUUCUUUCUCAGCUGGGCUGCAGUAGACCAUUCUUGGCCCGUUGCUGCCCUCUUGUGGCCUCAUACCUGAAUCCUUGCACAAGGACGUGCAAAGCCACUUGAGUCCUAUGCCAGCCUGGAGUGAGGACAGAGAUUGACUUGCUCAGGGUCUCAGAUGAGACACUGGGGAACGCCCUGCCUCACCAAUGAGCCUCAAGGACUGAGAAGCUUUGGGUCUCCCUGGCUUGAGGAGAGGCUCUCUAUAAGUCAUUCAAUUCUGGAAGGAGAGAGGAGUCUGUUUAUUGAGUCCUGAAGUGGUCCGUGUUCUAUGACAGCUAAAGCAACCACCAGGAUGGCUGUCCCCCUGAACAGAUGGACCUGCGGCUUAAGAGAGGCUUCCUGACUCCAUUCCCACCCUUAGAGGAGGCCUUGAGUUAUCACAGAACUGGGGGACACUCCUGCUGUUCAGUGGACAGAGUCAAGGCUAGCAUACAUCUGAAAUCCUGGACACUCCUGGCCAGUGGUAAACAUGCUCACUGAGGAUGCCAGCUGAGAAACCCUGCCCUAGAGUCAGGGAUAGGGACAAGGUAUGGUUUUUUUGCUUGUCGAGAAAGGGACUCAAUCGAUAGCCUUGGCUGGUCUCUUAACUUGCAGUUUGGCCUCAGCCUCCCAGGUGCCGGGAUUACAGGCUUGCUCUGCCAUGCUCCCCUCUACAUCCAAGCUUUGCUCAGCCCCCUCUUUCCUCUCAGCCUGUGCCCUCCUGGCCUCCGGUGUUGCCUUCAAGGUCAGCUGCCAGAAAAUGGACAGAUAUUUAGCAUGGGGCCUGGGCAGGCAGGAAGAUGCUUUUUGAGCAGGAAGGUGGACUCUUGGGUAGUUUAAUGGUUACAUACAUGCAACUCCACUCAAUUGAGGAAGAUGGAAGACUCUGUGGCUGGGUGGUGGUGACAGAAUGCAGCGAUGAGAACGUGCUAGUCCCUCUGGAUUGUACCCUUUGAAAUGGCUUGGUUUUUUUUAUGUAUAUUUUACCACAAUAAAAACAAGA